UCGUCGUGAAGGCAAGUAACGCACCGAACAGCAGGCAAGAAAGAGCUCGGAAAUUUUGACGGAUUGUCACUGCCCUUCAUCGAGCUCCUCUUCACUACCACCUACCGCAAACACCUCCUUCAUCAACACGCUUCGCGCGCAUCCUCCACCUCUCCGAUCCUUCACUCGACAACCAACACCUCCAAAUCCGAACAUUUGCUUCAAGACUUCACUGUCCUUCCAUCACACCCGAUCACUGCUGCAGUCCUUCCAACUGCUUCCCAGCGUCCACUCCAGCACUGCAUCUACCUCUCGGACUAUCUCGCAGCACAGCACGCUCCUUGAAACGCUUCACAACUCCAUCAAGCUCAGCAUCUCUCCGCCUACACUUCCUCCGAUCCUUCCGAUUUUCUUCCAGCACCAACUCCUACACCUGCACCAAGUGUACGUAGGAACAGACAGACAACCAAGCAAUUAAAAAGAACCCCCGUUUCGGAUACACAUACUCUUCCUACACUCAUCGUGACUUCCUUCACAAUGGCCGAAAACGCCCCCGACACUCCCGUGGCCACCCAAAAGCGCCCUCUCGAGGAGCCCUCUUCCCCAUCCGGACCGACCGAUCAACCCGAGGCGAAGCGUCCUGCGCUUGACAAGAUUAUCAAGGAAGAUAACACAGACACCAGUGAGAGUGCCACCAUCGGCGCCAGCGCACCAGUCGAGACAAGCAGCGCCGAUGUCACAGCCGUCGAUGCGCAAGGUCCAGAGCGUGCUACCAAGCAAGAUGACACCGUCGUUCCCGAUGCUCCUAUCAAUGGCGUGUCCACCGAUGUCGCCGCAGCUAUCGGGCAGAGCGCCGCAAAUCCCACAGCUGCUAAUGGAGCUGCCGACAGCACCUCUCAAGCACCGAUGCCAUACCAUCAACAAGACGAGAGCUCCUGGUUGCACGUGCGCGCUAUCAUCUCCAGCGCUGAAGCUGCUACAGUGAUUGGUAAGGGAGGCGAGAACGUCACCCAGAUCCGCAAGAUGGCUGGCGCCAAGUGCACUGUAAGCGAGUAUACCCGCGGCGCAGUUGAGCGCAUUCUCACCGUGAGUGGACUGGUGGAUGCCGUUGCGAAGGCUUUCGGCCUCAUCAUUCGCACCCUCAACCAAGAGCCCCUUGACCAGCCCUCGACUCCACAAUCCAAGACAUACCCUCUCCGCCUCCUCAUCCCGCACAUUCUCAUCGGCUCCAUCAUCGGCAAGCAGGGCGUGCGCAUCCGUGAGAUUCAAGAAGCCUCCGGUGCGCGCCUCAAUGCGUCGGAGUCUUGUCUGCCUCUGUCUACUGAGCGGUCUUUGGUUGUCCUUGGUGUCGCCGACGCCGUUCACAUUGCUACAUACUACGUCGGAAGCACGCUUGUGGAGCAGCUGACUGACCGUUUCGGCGGAGCCGCAGCUUCCAACUACGCGGGACGCCACGGCGGUCCUCAAGGUGUCGUUCCCGGCGGCAUGCAAGUGGUCCCCUACGUCCCUCAGCACACCGGCGGACAGAUGGGACACCCGGAGAACUUCCGCAAGCCUCAAGGUCCUCCUCAGCGCGGUCCGCCCAACGCCUAUGGCCAGCCUUACAUGCAUGGUCAACCUCCGCAACAGCAUCCACAAGCCGCAGCUCACUACGGCGGCGGUGCAGGAUCUCCUCGCGCACCAUACGUCGGCGCUGGACCUCAGCAGCCACAGCCAUAUGCUCAUGCAGCACCUCAAGCGAGCCACGCUGGACCACCUCAGCAACCCAUGCAAGGCAUGGUUCCAGGACAGCCUAUCACUCAGCAAAUUUUCAUCCCCAACGAUAUGGUCGGCGCGAUCAUUGGUAAGGGUGGUGCGAAGAUCAACGAAAUCCGUCAACUCAGCGGCAGUGUCAUCAAGAUCAACGAGCCUCAGGACAACAACAACGAGCGUUUGGUCACUAUUACUGGCACGCAAGAGUGUAACCAGAUGGCGUUGUACAUGUUGUACUCCCGGUUGGUUCCCACGGGAGUGCUUCCCACACGGCAAACCGCCGAUGCAAGGGACGAACAAGGCGUUAGAGGUGUUCGCAUGAGGUAUCACCGGUUCGAGACAGUCCAUUGGGAUUUUGAAAAGGAGAUCGGAAUGCGCCGCAAUGGUCGACAGAUAUUCCGCACGAUCGCUUUCAAUCUGGAUCCUCCACCGACUCCCGUCUGGUUUCGCCGUCUCCCUCCCAAUCCAACGACGCCUCCAGCACACCCUUCACCUCAAGACGACAUGAUGUCCGGCAUGGUUCAUCAGAUCGGCGUGCCUCCAAUGGACAUGCCCUCACCCACCGGCUCCGACACCUCGACCUCCCACUCCACUCACCAAGGCGUCACAGAACUCCCCCGCCGCUCUCCCCGGCACGGCCGCUCUCCCAACCGCCCACCGCUCCGCACCAACUUCCGCAACUUCUCCGGCGUAGCGACCAUCAUAGUCGGCGAAGCCAACAGCAAAACCCGCCCUCAAACCACCUACCUCGUCCAUAAAGAACUCAUCACGCAAUCAUCCCCCUUCUUCGCCGCCGCCCUCAACAGCACUUUCGCCGAGGGUCUCGACCAAACCGUCCGCCUCCCCGAAGAAAAACCCGAGUCCUUCGAAUGGUUCCUGCAAUGGCUCUACACCGGCACUUUAACCGUACAGCCCACUUCCUCCACCGACUCCAUCUACCCUCGCUCCUCAACCCACCAAAACAUCCCCCUCACCCACUCCGACGGCGAUCUCCGCAACUCCGCCGGGUCGCCGAAAUACUUCCUCCUCUUAGACCUCUACGCCCUCUCCGACCGCUUACUCACAACCCCUCUCUCGAACCACAUCCUCACCACCCUCGCCCGCCUCUCCGAGUCCACCAAUUCCGUCCCCACUCCGUCCGACACCUGGAUCCUAUACGACACCCUCCCCCCGUCCUCCCCUCUCCAACGCCUCAUCCUCGAUCUCUUCGCCUACAAGAAAACCGACCGGUUGCUCGAAACGCACAAAGACGACUGGCAUCCUCGAUUCCUCCGCGACUUGGUCGUCAAGUUGAAACGUCCCGGACCGGAAGCGGUCGAUCGACACAGUCUGGUGGCCUGGCGCCCGAGGAGCUGGAGCGGGAGUAAAGCGUGUGAGGGCUGUAAGGAGGUGGCAGUACAAGUCACAAAGGUCACUGAGCAGUAG